CCACACUUACAUUACUUUAUGGUACACAAUCAUAUCCACAUUAUCCAAUUCCACAAUUAAAUGGGUUGAAUCCUUUAGUGUCAGCAGCACAUCAACUUUGUAUUUCAUGGAGAAACUUUAGUUUAAAACUUGAAACAGUAUUAACAAUACAAUAUAUUUCAACAUGGUCAAUUGAAGAAAUUCAUAUUUGGUGGAUACUUGCAAGAUUAAUUCAUCGAUCAAUUACGGAUUUUUCAAUAGUAUUUGGAUUACAUACAGCUAUAUCAAAUCCAUCAGAUGAUUCACUGGCAAAUCUUUUACGAAUUCUUGAACUUGCAAUAGCAAAUGAUUUAAUUUAUUCAAGUAAAAUUUAUAUUGAUCCUAAAGAAUUAAAUGGAGAAUUUCGACCUCGUACUAUGCAAGAAAUUUCAGGAGUUUUAUCAGUGAUUGAUGGAAAAGUUAAACUUAAUUCAGUAAAAGAUUUUAAUUAUUUACUUGGAAUUGAAGAUUUUUCAACGAUGGAAUUUUCGGAUACAAAAGUAAUGGUGAAUAGUGUUGAAGUUACUAAAAUGAAAGAAACAAUUAUUUAUAUUCAACGAUCAAUUGAAAAUUAUUCUGUUUAA